AUGGGUAAUGCACAAGGACUACCGAACGAUGGACAACAGCAGAACCGGGAUCGCGAACAGAGCAGGAGGCUGGAGACCCAAAAGCCGGCGGUAAGUACCGGCUUCGGAAGGAGGAAGAAGAAGUCCCAAGGUACCGUGCAGGCAAUGAGGAUACCGAAUAUAUCCCCUAGUGCUCGUUGUUUGUUGCGUCAGUUACGAUUGGAGAGAGUGAAAGAUUACAUGGCAUUGGAAAUGGAUUAUGUGUCUACGAAGCAGGAUGAGGCUGAGUCACAUGCUCGGCAAGAACAGGCUAAGGCAUUGGUAGCUGAGUUGCAGGGUAGCCCUUUGACAGUGGGUACGUUGAAAGAGAUAAUAGAUGAGAAUCAUGCGAUCGUAUCUUCCUCAGUGGGACCGAACCAUUAUGUUCCUAUUCUGUCUAUAGUGGACCCAGAGUUAUUGGGUCCUGAUGCUAACGUGUUAUUACAUCAUAAGGCUAUGGCUAUAGUGGGUGUGCUGGAGAACGAUGUUGACCCAUUGGUGUCUGUAAUGAAGGUGGAUAAGGCUCCUUUAGAAUCGUAUAAGGACAUAGGUGGUUUAGAGAAGCAAAUUCAGGAGAUUAAAGAGGCAGUUGAGUUACCUCUAUUGCACCCUGAAUUAUACGAGGAUAUCGGCAUCAAGCCACCUAAGGGAGUAAUUCUAUACGGGCCUCCCGGAACUGGGAAAACUUUACUAGCAAAGGCUGUAGCGAAUGAAACCAGUGCUACCUUCCUACGUGUCGUGGGUUCCGAACUUAUCCAGAAAUAUCUCGGAGACGGUCCUAAACUCGUUAGGGAAAUGUUCAGGGUGGCGGAAGAGCAUGCGCCAUCAAUUGUCUUCAUCGACGAGAUUGACGCUGUCGGUUCUAAAAGGUAUGAGGCCCAUAGUGGUGGUGAGAGGGAAAUCCAAAGAACCAUGCUUGAACUUCUUAACCAACUUGAUGGCUUCGAUACCAAAACUGAUGUCAAAGUCAUCAUGGCCACCAACAGGAUAGACGCGCUAGACCCUGCUCUUAUUAGACCCGGAAGAAUUGAUAGAAAGAUAGAACUACCUUCCCCGGAUCAGAAGACCAAAAGAAGGAUCUUCGACAUCCAAACUACCAGAAUGACUCUAGACACCGACGUAGACCUGGAGGAAUUCGUUAUGGCCAAAGACGAUCUCAGCGGCGCCGAUAUCAAGGCCAUAUGCACUGAAGCCGGACUCCUGGCACUCAGGGACAGGAGAAUGAAAGUCACUCAAGAUGACUUUAGAAGAGCUAAAGACAAGGCCCUCUACCGGAAAAAGGGAAAGAUUCCAGAAGGAUUAUACAUCUAA